GGUGCCUUUAUCCAAACAACAUUUUCAUUUUGGCCUCUAACGGAAGUAGACGAUCGAUAUGAAUUUUAAAUUGUAUUUGUUUUCUUUUUUAUUAUAUUUUAUAAGCCAAUUGGACAUUUAUAUAUCAGAGAAGAUAGUCUACAUAGCGACUGAGCGUCCGAUGGUCGUGUAUUUUAACAAGAAAUUCAUCAACAACGUAUCAGUGGCUAGCCGUCGCCGCAAUCGGGACGACCCUGUCUAUUACAUCAAUUUUUACAUUGAUAUUCUAGUGCCAUUGGGGAACAAUGUUUCGGUAGACGUAUUCUUCUACGAGUUACAAAACGGUAGAUACCACCGAACCUUCGUUGAGAUACACUCGAAGCUAUGCGACUUCAUAGAGGCUGGCACGUUAUUUGGAGAAUCCUUGAAAAGAGCCAUCAAAAACCACCCGUGUCCUUUUCAACCAGGUCAACUCAAUUUAUCUAAUCUGACUAUACCACUACAAAACAUACCGAAAAACUUCCCGUACAAACAAGGGCGGCUUUACUGCAAUACGACUAUCGUCCGAAAUGGUGUCUUUACAAAAUUAUCAGAAAGCUACAUUGAUAUAGAAGUCAGGAGUGGAAUUGUAAAGAAAUCAACCUAAACUUUGAUAAU